AUGACGCAGAAGUGCAACACCGCUACCACGAGCACUGGUGCGCCAAUCCCUCUUCAUGGCCUCACAGCGUCAGCCACCGCUGGCCCCAUGGGUCCUCUCUUAGUAGAAGAUUUUGCAUUCAUUGACCACAUGGCUCACUUUGAUCGUGAACGUAUUCCGGAACGUGUGGUCCACGCUAAAGGCGGUGGUGCUUUUGGCUACUUUGAAGUAACGCACACUAAUAUCACCAAAUUCUGCAGUGCCAAACUGUUCAAUAGUGUUGGCAAACGCACACCUGUAGCCAUUCGUUUCUCAGCAGUGGGUGGGGAACAAGGCAGCGCCGAUACAGUGCGUGAUCCACGAGGUUUUGCCAUUAAAUUUUACACGGAAGAAGGCAAUUGGGAUCUUGUAGGGAAUAAUACGCCCAUCUUUUUUAUACGAGAUCCGAUGCUCUUUCCAAGCUUUAUUCAUACCCAAAAGAGACUCCCUAGUACACAUUUGAAAGAUGCUGAUAUGAUGUGGGACUUUUUCUCUUUAAGACCAGAGACUUUGCAUCAACAAAGCUUCUUAUUCACGGAUCGUGGAAUUCCUGAUGGAUUUCGCUUUAUGAAUGGCUAUGGUAGUCAUACAUUUACAAAUGUGAACGUUGAAGGUGAGACUACAUAUGUCAAAUAUCAUUUUAAAACUGAUCAAGGUAUUCGAAACUUGCCAGUGGAAAAAGCAGCAGAACUAGCUGGUUCUGACCCAGAUUAUGCUAUUCGUGACCUGUACGAGGCUAUUGAUACUAAAAAAUACCCCUCGUGGACACUGUACAUUCAAGUCAUGACUCCAGAGCAAGCGGCUAACGAGACAAUGAAUCCUUUUGAUGUAACCAAGGUCUGGUCUCACUCCAAGUAUCCGCUCAUUGAAGUGGGUCGUCUCGUCCUCAAUCGUAAUCCAAGCAACUACUUUGCAGAAAUUGAGCAGCUUGCUUUCUCCCCGUCGAACAUGGUACCAGGUAUUGAGCCGUCGCCCGACAAGAUGCUGCAGGGUCGUCUAUUCUCCUACCCGGACGCGCAUCGUUAUCGUCUUGGUACCAAUUACAAUCAGAUUCCAGUUAAUCGACCUCUUCAAGUGCCGCAAACGUACCAACGUGACGGCUUCAUGGCCAUUAAUGGUAACAUGAACGACACGCCCAACUAUUUUCCAAAUAGCAAGAAUGGGCCGCCUGAAAACACGACGCUGCGCUAUCGCGCUUACCAAGGCAACCAUUCGAUGGUGAACAAGUACUCGACCCAUGACGAUGACAAUUAUUCGCAAGUCGGCGAGUUUUACCGCAAAAUACUAGACGAUGCAGCUCGUGAACAUCUUACGGACAACAUUGCCGCCUCAUUAGUGAACGCGUCCCAACCUGUCCAGGCUCGAGCUAUUGCCAAUUUCACCGAAUGUGAUCCCCAUUACGGUCGUCGUGUGCAGGAAAAGGUGGAUGCACUGGCCUCGCAGAAGCAGCAUGCCACACCUGAUUCACUUCCGGCUCCAGCCAGUUUGAAUCCACCCCGCAAGCCCUUCAUACCAGCUCCGCCAUCAGACGACGUGGCCCCGCGAUUGUAG